UGCUAAGAAUUUGGGUGUAGGUUUUGCACAUUAAUAUGUAACGAAUAAAUCUCAUAUUGCGCAGGAUAUUAAAUUAAAUCGCUUCAGUUGGCUCGUUACCCUCUGUCGCUUUUUAUAUAAAUAAAACAACUCAAAAUUAAAUCAAAGUAAGAAAAAAAAAGGUGGUAAAAUCAUUCGGUAAUACUGAAAUAACACUAAAACUGGUGAACGUAGGUUAAUUUUCAUUAUUUAAAUUGCCAUUAGUGAAUCUAGAAAUUAAAAACACGUCUUUGAGUUUACUAUUUGUUCGGCAACCUUAGGGCAUAGAAUAGGUUGAAAAGCGAGUUCCAGCUGUGGCGCGUAGUUGUUUCUCGUUACGUCUCCCCCCACUCCAUUGGCGUUCUAACCUUAAUAUUCUGUGGCGUUUACCUUUUUGUUGGGCUCGUGCGAUAUUUCGGUUUUGCUGCUUUCUCAUGGUAUGACGGAAUGACUUCGAUCAUAAAACUCCAAACCCUAUCGGGGGCGAUGGAUGAAUCGCCUCCCUCGUAUCUGCUCCAAAUAGACGACGUAAAGAUUCUUUUAGAUUGUGGAUGGGAUGAAAAGUUUAACAUGGAAUACAUAAAGGAAAUUCGAAGACACGUUCAUCAGAUCGACGCGGUUCUGCUAUCCUAUCCGGACAUCAUGCAUUUAGGGUCGUUGCCCUAUUUGGUAGGAAAGUUGAAUUUAAAUUGCCCCAUAUAUUCCACAAUUCCAAUAUACAAGAUGGGUCAAAUGUUCAUGUACGAUUUGUACCAGUCUCAGUACAACAUGAAGGAAUUCGGACUAUUUAACUUGGACGAUGUUGACGCCACUUUUGAGAGAAUCAUACAAUUAAAAUAUAACCAAAAUGUGCCGCUCAAGGGUAAAGGUUAUGGUUUGACCAUAACGCCCUUGCCCGCGGGGCACAUGAUCGGGGGCACCAUAUGGAAAAUAAUGAAAUCGGGCGAGGAAGAUAUUAUCUACGCGAACUCGUUUAAUCACAAAAAAGAACGGCAUCUGAAUGGCUGUGAACUCGAAAAACUCCAGAGACCGUCUUUGCUCAUAGUCGAUGCGUUCAAUGCCACUUACCAGCAGGCCCGACGCAGGACCAGAGACGAAAAGUUGAUGACGAACAUUUUGCAGACGUUAAGGAAUAGUGGCAACGUUCUCAUAGCGGUGGACACGGCCGGGCGUGUUUUGGAGCUCGCCCACAUGCUGGAUCAGCUGUGGAGGAACAAGGAAUCGGGACUGCUCGCUUACUCGCUGGCGUUGCUCAGCAACGUCGCCUAUAAUGUGGUGGAGUUCGCAAAAUCCCAAAUAGAGUGGAUGAGCGAUAAGCUGAUGAGGAGCUUCGAGGGGGCCCGCAAUAACCCAUUCCAAUUCAAACAUCUGCACAUUUGCCAUAGCCUGCACGAGCUAAAUAAAGUGCCCAGUCCGAAAGUGGUUUUGGCCAGCACCCCCGACAUGGAAAGCGGCUUCUCUAGGGAGUUGUUUCUCCAGUGGUGUUCCAAUCCGAACAAUAGCGUGAUCCUCACCACGAGAACGUCCCCCGGCACCUUGGCCAGGGAUCUUAUUGAAAACGGAGGCGGUAGGACGAUAGAUAUAACAGUGGAGCGAAGGGUCAAGCUGGAGGGGGCGGAACUGGAGGAAUUCGAGCGCCAGCAGAGGCACAAACACGAGACGGAACUGAAAGAGGAGGACGAUUCCGAUUCGGACAGCGAUAUAGAAAUGUCAGUCAUAUCGAAAGGGCGGCACGAUAUAGUGAUCAAGCAGGAGGGUAAAAUAUCGGGCGGGUUUUUCAAAGUCACCAAGAAACAGUAUCCCAUGUACCCGUUCCGGGAGGAAAAGAUAAAGUGCGACGAUUACGGGGAAAUAGUGAAAAUCGAGGAUUACAAGUUGGCGGACGUGGCGAUGGAGGGAGAGGACAACAAAGAGAACGUCGUGAUCAAACAGGAGGACGACGAAGACAUCGAGGAGAUCACCGAGGUGCCAUCGAAGUGCAUAAUGCUUCCCAGGACGAUUCAAGUGAACUGUCAGGUUCAGUAUAUCGAUUUCGAGGGCAGGUCGGACGGGGAGUCGUUGAAGAAAAUUCUGUCCCAGCUGCGGCCGAGGCGCGUGAUCGUGGUGCACGGCACCCCCGAGGAUACCGAGAUCAUCAAGAAUCACUGCGAGGAAAACAUCAACGCGAGGACGUUCGCCCCGCGGAAAGGGGACGUCGUGGACGCUACCAGCGAGACCCACAUUUACCAAGUGCGACUGACGGACGCUCUCGUGUCGCAACUGCAGUUCAAGAAGGCCAAAGACGCGGAAGUGGCUUACGUGAGUGCGCAAAUAAUGCUCAGAGAGACCCAGGCGGACGCGAAACGAUUGGAUGCCGAUAACGAGCCCAUGGAAGAGGAGGACGACGAAACGAGGAUAUUAACGUUGGAACCGUUACCGGACACCAAGCUCCACGAACCCGCGUUCGUCAACGAACUGAAGCUGUCGGAGUUUAAGCAGACGCUGGCGAAAGCGAAUCUUCCUUCCGAGUUUUCCGGAGGUGUUUUGUGGUGCUGCAAUGGGACGAUAGCGGUCAGAAAAGCUGACGAGGGGAAGAUCGUUUUGGAGGGUUGCAUUUCCGAGGACUAUUACAAACUAAAGGACCUGUUGUACGAGCAGUUUGCAAUAUUGUAAAGUUGUGCCCUUACCUGGUCUCGAUUUUUAAGCGAAACGUUUUUUUUAUAAAUAAAUUAUUUUAUUUAUGAUCCGAUAAAACAUUGUACAUUUGAAUAAGGCUAAUCUAGCGCCGGACUAAGUUUAUCAGCAAGUUUCUAUAUAUAUCUAAUGUCGGCCGCGCCUUAAACUCUCACAGUUUCUUCUUCUUCUUGUCAAUAUUUUGGCUUUGCAACUAGUCAGUCUGCCAGCUCAUUAGGGGAGUCCUCAGCUUGACGAGCCGCGCUCCUGGGAAUUCCUAUCUACUUUUACCCUCUGAUAUUGUAUUUUAUUUACUUUACUCUAUAAAGAGUAAAUUAACUCCCACAGUUAAAAAUAUGUCAGUUAUAAAAGAUUCUUCUUAAAUUCCUUGGCCUUUGUCUCGAACCAUUAAACAAGAUUAGUUGAAUGAGAUAAAAGUGUUGUGAAUUUAGGUGCGAAAUACACUGAGGCUACUAAAAUUAAAACUAUUUAUGUGUUGACUAAAAUCGAGAUUAUUCAGUAUUCGUCAAGAGCUUGUCCCAAUUCUAAGCUACUAUUGUCGCCAUUGAAAUUUCAACCCUGAAUUUUUGUUCAUUUUUAGAUUUUUGCAAAAGUUAAGUGUAUAAUUGUCGAUUGUUGCGAAAAAGAAACGAUUGAAGAAUUUUGAGUUAAAACCCGACGACAUAGUUUGACAUUGGAGAAAACUGUUUGCACUUUACUUUUUGUGGUCAAUUAAAAUUCUUCCUAUUUGAAAUACUUUCGUCUAAAACAAGAUAUCAUGGUAUCACUUAUUAUAAAUCAAUCAUAAAUCCUAUUGAAGUUUGUAACAUGUAUACGAAUAUUCCGAAGAAUUUUCAUCAAGUGGUAAUGUAGAUAUUAUAGAAAAAACAUCGACAACCUUGUAUCUCAAAAGUUAAGACGGUUACCACAUAUCAGUUUUUCUUUUAAAAAUAUUUCCAUUCUAUUAGAAAAUACCAUUUACAGGGGUUAAGUCGAAAAAAUUUUUUUCUGUGUCUUUUUUUUUUGGCAUUUUGGUUUUAUAUUAUUAUACUGUUCAUUCUGGUAAUUAAAAUAGUAGUAGUAGCUUGACUGACAUUUGGAACGUUUUUUUAUAUGUGACAAUGUCCAGUGUAAACAUUGUUUAUGUUGGAAGAAUAAAAUAAAAUAAUCAAAAAUAAGACUUUUUUCGUUUUUGUAAACAUAAAUCAUUUUAUUAAUUAAUUAAUUACCUUAAACUUUUUUGUUGAAAACUCCCUAUAGCGAAAUUCUGUAUAACGUAAAACUCUGUAUUACAAACAAAGUUUGUUGUUCUAUUUUGUCUUCAUACAAAGUUAUGUAUUAAUCCACUCUGUA